UUAACUGUAGGCCUACUGAUGCGCACGUGUUAACUGUGCGCCUACUGAGUGCCAGGCACUGCGCUCAGCACUGCGCGCCGGCAUGGACCCUCACAAGCCUUCCCUGUUCUAGUGGUGGAAGGAGAUGUUCACCGUAAGAUAGCAGAUAACGUAACAUUGCCUUGCAUGUCCUUUGAAUGAGGAGAGGCGCAUAGUGCCAUGAAAUCACAUGGUGGGGGACCUGACCAAGUCUGGGGAUCAGGGAAGUCUCCCCAGGGGAAAUGCUAACCUGGAAAUCUAAGGUGGGUAAAUUACUAAGCAGUAGGAUAGGGAGGCAGAUUAGGCACAGCAUUCCAGGCAGGGAAUAGACGAGCAAAAGGAGUGUGAUGGGAAGAAGCAUUGCCCCUCUGAGGAACUGAAGGAGGAAAAGCAGAGUUGGUGGAGCAGAGAGUUAUGCAAGAAGAGACUUGAAAGGUGGGCAAGGGCAGACCAUUCUAGGCCUUGUUCUUUUUAUUUAUUUUUUUCUUUUUGCGGUACGCGGGCCUCUCAGUGUUGUGGCCUCUCCCGCUGUGGAGCACAGGCUCCGGACGCGCAGGCUCAGCGGCCAUGGCUCACGGGCCUAGCCGCUCCGCGGCAUGUAAGGAAUCUUCCCGGACCGGGGCAUGAACCCGUGUCCCCUGCAUCGGCAGGCGGACUCUCAACCACUGAGCCACCAGGGAAGCCCUAGGCCUUGUUCUUUAUCCUAAGAAGGUUCCAUCUAACUCUCUUUGCUAGAAAAAAUGGUCACUAGCUCUAUGGUGUUUUGCAGUUGAAAUUGCUUGUUGCCAUUAAUUUCACCAACCUGUGAGGUUAGUAAUAGUUUUCUCAGCUGAGGGAACUGAGGGUCAUAGAAGUUAAGUAUUUGGCACACAGAUGUUAAGUAGUAAGGCUGGGACCUGAACCCAGCUCCACCCUACCCAUGGUCACAGUCAUUACCAAAAAUUAAACAUAAACAAAUGAAUAAGCUGUGUCAAAGAUCACCACAAGUUUUCUUCAAAAAGAAUUCUUAAUAUUGUAUUUAAACAUAAUGAUCCAUCUAGAAACCAGUCCAAAAAUGUGCAUUGUGUAACAGAAAAUGCUAGUAUCUGUUCCCCUCCUACUCUACAGCGUGCAUUCUCAAUGCGGGGGAGGAAGGAUUGCCCUGAAGGGGACAGAAAAUUGGUUCCUUCGGGGGCUAAAAAAUCUUAGAUAUUACAAUGACUUAUGGUCCACCAAAGUUCAACCCUACCCAACAAAAUUUUAUUUCUUAAUUAAUUUUUCUCUUUAAGAAGAAAUUAAAUUAAGAUUUAUGUUAAUUUAAAUUUGAUCUAAUUUAUCUCAGGAGAAGCAAUUAUGAAAAAAAAGUUUGAGAAACACUGUUCUACAGUAUUGGAACCCUCAAAUUUUAGUGGAUCAACCAGAAUAAAGAUCACAUUUCUUAACUUUCCCUGCAGCUAGCUGUGGCCAUGUGAAUAAAUUCUUGUCCAGGGUAUGGACAAGUGAUAAGUGAAGAAAUGAGAGGGAUGCCCUUUUUCUGCCUUCCCACCAAGCUGUACUUUGAAAGUGAACCUGGUGGCAAGCCCCCGUUGGCCACAUGCAUGAGGGCAGCAAUGUAGAGAUGGUGAUAAAGCAACAAGAUAGAAGGAGCCUGGGAGACCUCAUGGAGAUCUCAGAACCACCGUAUAAGCCCUAGUCACCUUCCUCUGUUUGGGGAAACACACUUUUAUCUAGUUAGCCACUAUUAAUUUGGAUUUUCAUUACAUGCAACUGAUCCCUUACUCUUAUUAUAUUUUAUUGUGGUAAAACACAUGUAGCAUCAAAUUUACCCUCUGAACCAUUUCUAAAUAUGCAGUUCAGUAGUGUUAAGUAUAUUCACAUUAUUGUAUAACACAUCUCUAGAACUUUUUCAUCUUGCAACACUGAAACCCUAAACCCACUAAAGAUUAAUUUCAUCUCACCCUUUCCCCCAGCCCUUGACACCCACCUUUCUACUUUCUGUUUCUAAGAUUUGACUUUAGAUACUUCCUGUGACUAUUUGUUCUUUUGUGACUGGUUUAUUUCUCUGAGCAUAAUAUUCUCAAGCUUCAUCCAUGUUGUAGCAUGUGACAAGAUUUCCUUCUUUUUUAAGGCUGCAUAAUAUUACAUUGCAUGUAUAUACAACGUUUUCUUUAUCCAUUCAUCUGUCAAUGGACAUUUGGGUUGCUUCAUUUCUUAGCUAUUGUGAAUAAUGCUGCCUUGAACAUGGGUGUGCAAAUAUCUCUUUGAGAUCCUGCUUUGAAUUCUUUUGAACAUAUUCCCAGAAGUGGGAUUGUUGGAUCAUAUGGUAAUUCUAUUUUUAAUUUUUGAGAACCCUCUAAUUUUUUAAGGAACCUCUAUAUUGUUUUCCAUAAUGGCUGCAUCAUUUUACAUUCCCACCAACAGUGCACAAGGGUUCCAACUUUUCCACAUCCUCGCCAACACUUGUUAUUUUCUGGGUGGUUUUUUUUUUUGCGGUACGUGGGCCUCUCACUGUUGUGGCCUCUCCCGUUGCGGAGCACAGGCUCCGGACGCGCAGGCUCAGCGGCCAUGGCUCACAGGCCCAGCCGCUCCGCGGCAUGUGGGGUCUUCCCGGACUGGGGCACGAACCCGUGUCCCCUGCAAUAGGCAGGCGGACUCUCAACCACUGCGCCACCAGGGAAGCCCCUGUUUUCUGUUUUUUGAUAGUGGCAUCCUGGUGUGUAUGAGGUGAUAACUUGUGGGAAGCAGUCAGCCAUCAGAGCAGGCUGCGGACGUGCCAGGCAUGCUGCAGCUGCUCGAAGGGACUGUCCCUACUUGUUCCCCUCCUUGUUCCAUUCCAUGGGAGAUAAAUUACCAGGGUCCAGAGAUCAGAAAGAAUGUAAAAUGAGACAAGCAAAGCUGUCUGCCCCCUGCACUUGCAGGUUAUUUUUGAUGAUUCUGGGUUUAUGGGUUUUCUCCCAGGGAAGUUAACCUUGAGCCGAGACAGUCUUCAGAUAAUGUAAACCACCGUCUGGCAACCUUCCCUUUUCUAGUCUAUAUAAUCUGCAGCUGUAGCACAAUAAAAUUUGCCUUGCAACCAGCAGUAGUCUUGGUCCUGCUGACCCCAUUUGUCGAUGCUAUUUCAUGUCCUUACCCCUUCCCUUCUGGCUCUGAUUGGUUUGAUCUUCUUCGUUCGGCCGGUCUUCGGCAAUAACUCAUCGUGGUUUUGAUUUGCAUUUCCCUAACAAUUAGUGACGUUGAACUUUUUUCAUGUGCUUAUUGCCCAUUUGUAUAUCUUCUUUAGAGGAAUGUGUAUUCGAGUCUGCCCAUUUUUUAAUCAGGUUAUUUGGAUUUUGUUGUUGUAGAAGUUCCAUAUAAUAUUAACUCCUUAUCAGAUAUAUGUUUUGCUCCCAUUCCAUAGGUUGCUUUUUCACUGUUGAUUGUUUUCUUUGAUACACAGAAGUUUUAAAGUUUGAUGUAGUACCCAUUGUCUAUUUUCAACUGAUCCAUUAUUCUAUCUAUUUAAAAAAAUAAUAAUCUGUAGCAGCAAUGACAUAAAAAACAAAAAGAGCCUACCACAGUAGGAAAUGACCUAGUCCCUGAAUUAAUUAAGAUGCCUUUUAAUGUAUUUUGAUUGUUUAAGAUUGUUGGGUAAGCAAUAUAAGAAAAAAUAAAUGUGGCCAUAUAUUAUACAUAAAGAUAUUCUACAAAUAGUAAGAAAAUUUGAAGAGUGUUUUACUUAUCUGGACUUUAAUAUUUCCCAUCUGGAAACCACAUCUCCAGCCCUUCUUGUAUGAUGUUAUUAUAUUCAUUAUAUAACUUAUUCUUCAUCCAGGUGAGCAGCUGUUACUGUGCUAAAGGCUGCCAGUGAUGAUGGUUUCACAUCUCUUAUGAUAAACUACCCAUUUAUGUGAAAUGGAAACAUAUAAAUCAUGCAGAAAUUCCCUUGGAUCAGAGAGUAGGGUUUCCCCCAGCACAAUUAAGUUUGUGGUCAGUUUAGCUGGAUCAGCUAAGACAACCAGCCAAUCAGAUUUUAGGAGGGAAACGGAUUUCCUAAAUAAAUAUGAUUUCCAAGAGCAUGUUCUCUAAAGAAUUUCUCAGGCUUAAAAUCAAAUACAGGAGUGACUCAGUAGAACAAAUACAGGAGCAACUCCAUUCUACCACUAUGAAGAAAAGUGGUGUUUCUCUCCUUUUGGGUAUCAUCUUCCUGACUCUGAUUGGAGUUCAAGGAACUCCAACAAUGAGGAACGGACGCUGUUCCUGCAUCAACACCAGCCCAGGGACGAUCCAUUCAAAAUCCUUAAAGGACCUUAAACAAUUUGCCCCAAGCCCUUCUUGUGAGAAAACUGAAAUCAUUGCUACAAUGAAGAAUGGGGCUCAAACCUGUCUAAACCCAAAUUCAACAGAUGUGAAAGAAUUGAUUAAAGAGUGGGAGAAACAGGUCAACCAAAAAAAAAAGCAAAAAAAAGGGAGAAAAUAUAAAAAAACCAAGAAAGUUCCAAAAGUUAAAAAAUCUCUACAUCCUCCUCAAAAGAAGACUACAUGAGUUACCAUUUUACCAGCAAGUAUUUUGUGUUAAAACGUUUCUUUUUAACUAUACUGAAAUAAUUCCAAAAAGGGAUGGCAUCUUCAUACAUAAGCUUGUUGAUUUGAACUAGAAAAUUUAAAGCAUUAUUUUGAAAUAGUCAUUAAAGGUAGAAAGUUGCUUUUAAAAUCCAGCUGUGAAGCAUUGUUAGAGGCUAGAGUUUGUCUUUGUUCUUCCACCUCUGACCAGCUGAAUUUCAUCAUGCUUAAGCCCACAAUCUCCGUAACGCCCACAUCUGGACCAAUGUCCUCACAACCGCAUCCCACACACAACAGCUGCCUGCGAGAACAGCUGUAGGCUUCCCAGGACUCCAGAGAAUAUCCUGAGGCACACGUCAGCAGGCCCCAGCCUGGGAGCAUGCUGGUAAGCGGAGCAGUUUGGAAUCGAGCUGGACCUCGCCAAGCUGCCAUGGCCGUCAGCAUCUGUAUUUGAAUCUGCCUGUGGGCCUCUCAUACAAUGCAUCUGAGAUAUCCGUGCUGUGUAUAACUGUACCAUUUAUAUAUGCAUGUACACUCUCUAAGCAAAUAAUUAAGUGCAAAGCAGUAUUGACAUAUAUACCCUGUAGUCUGAAAUAUUUUCUUUGUUAAAAGACAAUGCUAUCAAUAAAUGCACCACUGAUC